UAAGUAAAUGGAGGGAGUAUGAUUGAAGAAAUGUUGUUAUAUUCUUACGUAUAAAUGUGCAUGCAUGCAUGCAGUCGCUGGUGCUGGACUUCUGCGACGACGUGCUCAUCGAAGGCAUCUCUAUCAUCAAUUCCAAGUUCUUCCACAUGAACAUCUUCCAGUGCAAUGGCGUGACCGUCAAGGAAGUGAAGGUGACCGCGCCCGGGGACAGCCCCAACACCGACGGCAUCCACAUGGGCGACUCGUCCAAUGUCAGCAUCAUCGACACCACCAUCGGCGUUGGCGACGACUGCAUCUCCAUGGGCCCCGGCACCACAAAAGUCAACAUCAGCGGCGUGACCUGCGGCCCAGGCCAUGGCAUCAGCAUUGGUAGCCUCGGGAGGUACAAGGACGAGAAGGACGUGACCGACAUCACCGUCAAGAACUGCGUGCUCAAGGGCUCCAGCAACGGCCUCCGCAUCAAGUCGUACGAGGACGCCAAGUCGCCCCUCAUAGCAUCCAAGAUCACCUACGAGAACAUCAAGAUGGAGGACUCGGGCAACCCCAUCAUCAUCGACCAGAAGUACUGCCCCAACAAACUUUGCACCUCCAAGGGCGACGCCGACAGGGUCACCGUCAAGGACGUUUCGUUCAAAAACAUCACCGGUACCUCCUCCACCCCCGAGGCCGUCAGCCUGCUCUGCUCCGAGAAGAAGCCCUGCGAAGGCAUCACAAUGUCCGACGUCAAGAUCGAGUACUCCGGCACGAACAACAAGACCAUGGCUGUCUGCACCCACGCCAAGGUCACCGCCACGGGAGUCGACAAGGCCAACACAUGCGCGGCAUGAUUUCUUUUCUCUGUAUUUCGGAUGUACCAAGUGCUCUAAUUUCUCUCUCUUUUUCAUUUCUUUUUUCGCGAUCCCGGCCGCUCGAGGAGAUCAUGUUUUUAGUUUCUGUUUUGUUAAUUCUCAUCUAGAUGAGAAUUAGUCAUCUCACAUCUACUCCCUCCGUUCCAUAAUAGAUGACUCAACUUUAUACUAACUUUAAUACAAAGUUAGUACAAAGUUGGGUCAUUUAUUUUAGAACGGAGGGAGUAACUACUAAUCCUUUUGAUACAAAUUCUAAGGUUUGUGAGUUUUCUUUAGCGCGUCCCAAACGAUGCGUUCGUUUAGCAUGAGCAAUUUCUGUGUGUUGUCCCGUUUCCUUUGAUAAAGUGGGAUUGUCCAUUUAACAUCUGACUGAAAUCUAAUUGGCUUUCAGUCAUUCUUUUCAUUCAAUAGAAUUGUGACACCUAUAUGUCUCUUUGUUCUCUUGUAUAUAUGUAUGUUUCAACGAGGCCGUGCUUAAAACUGCCUCGUCAGAAAAAGCUUAUCGGGUUGGACUGGACCAGCUUGGAGUCAUGACAAGUACAUAGCAUUCAUGACAAGCGCAUAGCAUUCAUGGUGAUGGAGCAAGUUACAAGGACUGA